AUGUUUGUAACUUCUUUUGACAAGACAACGGGCAAUGUUUAUUGGAAUGGCGAAAUUUUUCACUCGUGGGGAGAAUACCAAGAAGCGAAAGAAUUGUUUGAUUACGAAAGAUUUCGGUCCCAACUUUCUACUGCGAUCACACCGACAGAAGCUCAAACAACACGCAGCAUUGAAGAAACGACGACACAAACUUCAACAAGAAUCCUUGGUAUCGGAGUUAUAUCGGCUUACAUUUGCUUCAUCAUUCUCUUGGCUUUAUAUUACGCUCGGAAGGAAAUGAGGAAAGAGCAAGAAUCUGGGAACGUCGUGAGAAGAGAUCGACGAAACGAAUCAAUUACUAACAAUGAGCCUUCUGUUCCGACCGCCUCCGACGCACCAGAACUCUACUUAGAAGAUCAACCGCCUUCAUACAAUUCAUUAUUUCACCAGUAUGAUGAGUUCUCAGUUUAA